AUGGCGGUCGUUGAUACGCUCAUCAUCGGCGGCGGCUGGGCUGGCCUGAUUGCCGCCACGCGUCUCUCUCACGCCGGCAAGAAGGUCAUCCUCCUGGAGGCACGCGAGCGCAUCGGCGGCCGAGCCUUUACGCAUACAUGGACGCCCGAGACGCCGGCAGAUAGCAAUGCAUGCACUCAUGAAGCCGGUCCCAGCGGCAAGGUCUUUGUCGUCGACUUUGGCUGCUCAUGGAUUCACGGCUUUGAGGAGGGCAACCCUGCGCGUAAGCUCGCUGAACAUUAUGACAUCAAGGCCAACAUUCCAAAGCCCACCACUUCCAAGGUGAUCGGGCCUCACGGCCCUCUGUCUGAGCAUUUGGCGUCUAAACUUUGCGCAAAUUUGGGAGCAGCCCAAGCAGCGGCAGCGAAGCUGGCUCAAUCUGAAGGCCCAUCACUGCCCGACUCAUCACGCUCUCUCGCAGACUAUCUUUUCUCAUCAUCUUCCCCUCUUUAUGAAGGUAUAUCGUCGCAAGGCGACAAAAAACUCGCAUCUGAUUUUGCACGCCUUUUACACGUGCCCCUCGGUGCAAGACUUGAAGACAUCGCCCUGCGCUGGACUGGGUUUGAGCGCAACUUUGCCGGUACGGACGCAGCUCCUGAGGGAGGCUUCACGCGGCUAAUCACCAAGAUCGUGGAGGACGCUACUAAGCACGGUGCUCAGAUUAAGACGUCGCAAGUUGUCCAGCAGGUCAAAUUUCUCACAGAGGGGAACGGUUCGCGCGUGCAGGUUGUCAGUCAGGACGGCCUCAAGUACGAGGCUGCCAGCGUGCUCUGCACGAUUCCACUCGCCGUCUUAAAGGGGGCAAAAGGCAUGUUUGAGCCAAGUCUGCCAGAGAGGCGCAAGGCUGUCAUUGACCGAGUGAAUGUCGGCGCGCUUAACAAGGUCCUCCUUUCAUACGAUAACCCGUGGUGGGAAGUGAAGACAGGAUCUUUUACCAUCCUUCCCACCACUUUGAUACCUGCAGAUCUACAGAGCGCUUCUUUGCGCGACAUUUUCUCUUCGAGCACCCUAAUCGUCAGUUCAUUCGCCGCUCCGAACGGGUUACCGGACCCCAAUCCUUCACUUUUGGCGUAUGUCGGUGCCGAGCACGGCAGGGCCAUCGAGCGUUUUACACGCCAGGAGGUCGCCGAGGCGCUGCACGCCUACCUCUUCGAGCGUAUCGGAAGCAAAGCUGGUGCCAUUGAACAGCCAAAGCACAGCUUCUACUCACGUUGGAACAAGCAGGAAUUCACUAGGGGCGCCACCACGACCCCAGUCGUCGUCGGCGAGAAUCACAGCCCGCUCGAUUUUGUUGAACUAGGCAGGCCCCUUUGGGGAGGUGCUCUGAACUUUGCGGGCGAACACACUGAAAUGGAUCACCGUGGCUCAAUCGCUGGCGCAAUUGUAAGCGGUGAGCGGGAAGCCCAGCGCAUAGUCGACUAUCUAGAACGCCAGAGCUAUCAAGCACAGAAGCUGUAG